AUCAUGUUCAUCUACACCAGCUUUAGUUUACUGAUGAUUAAGUUGUGCAUCACAUUUUGUUUAUGCAGUUUUAGUUCAGGGCGCAUGUCACCAGUUCUGUGAUGAAACCCAGUUAGGUAACCCACUGUUUUGUAAUCCAGGCAUGUUGUAAGGACAGAGGAAUCUUUUUUCGUUAAGUGUUUUCAAAGGUUGGGUAAUCCAGUUUGUCUUACAGUUCAUUUAUAUGCACACACAUACACACAGGAUAUGACAAUCAAGCCUUUCUCUCUGCUGGCUAUCCCCUUCCCCAUUUCUCUUUCUCAAAUGGAAAUAUUACAAAACAGUGCUUUCUUACGAAGUUUGUGUCGUACCAGUGGUCCUGCGGAUUUACAGUAUGACAACUCCUCUGAACUCUUUCGUAUAUCCACUUAUGCCAAGUUCCCCACCACCGCAGCAGUGACAGAAAGAAGUCUUGCACGAGCUGGCUUUUAUUACACUGGACUGGGCGAUCGUGUCCAGUGUUUCCGCUGCAAUGUGACUGCUGACAACUGGCAGUCUGGUGACUGUCCCGCAGAGCGCCACAAACAACUAUCCCCCAACUGCAGCUUCAUCCAGAGUUUACCUGCCACUGCAAACCUCCUGUCCUCCUCUCACUCUGCUUUUUCCCCACUUCGCAAUGUAGCUGUCCUGCAGCUGUCCGCCCCUGCGACUGCAGCCCCAUCAACCACUGCCCCGUCAUCUUCUGGACAAACAGAGGAGCAAGUGGGUUACCUAAACAUGGGCUUCACCAACCUGGCUCCCUCCAGUCCAAUUUCAUCUCGUGGAGUGGAGGAUAUGUCCCACCAACGACCACCUGCUUGCCACAAUCCUGGUAUGCGUCGGGAACAGGAACGCCUUGACACUUUUCAGAACUGGACUCUUGCUACAGUUACUCCUGCCGAGCUUGCCAAAGCUGGUUUGUACUACCUUGGUCAGGGUGACAGGGUGGCGUGCUUCAGUUGUGGUGGCCAGCUUAGCAGUUGGGAACCAGGAGAUCGAGCGGUAUCUGAGCAUCAGAGGCAUUACCCCAACUGCCGAUUCGUUCGAGGUGAUCGUGCUGAUAACAUCCCUUUAUCUGGUGGCGGACUUUCCAAUGUUUCCAACUCGGCGAUGCAACAGUGUGAAGAAAGGUUACUCACGUUCGUCAACUGGCCUUCUAGAAUACCUGUUCGGCCAGAUCAGUUGGCUAAAGCUGGUUUUUACUAUGUUGGCCGAAAUGAUGAUGUAAAAUGCUUUUGUUGUGAUGGUGGACUCAGAUGUUGGGAGUCUGGUGAUGAUCCAUGGGUCGAACAUGCCAAGUGGUUUCCAAGAUGUGAAUACCUGUUGCAAGAAAAGGGCCAAGAGUUUGUUCACCAGAUUCAAGCAAGAUUUCCAAGACUUUUUGAACAGCUCUUAACAAAUGGAGACAGCAACUCCAGAGAAUUUGUUGAUCCACCUGUUGUCCACCUGGGUCCUGGUGAAGACCGUUCAGAAGAUGCAGUGAUGAUGAACAACCCUGUGGUAAAGUCUGCUUUAGAAAUGGGAUUUGAACGUGGCCUGGUGAAGCAGACUGUUCAGAGCAAAAUCCUUACAAGUGGAGAGAAUUACAAAACUGUUCAGGAACUGGUGUCUGAUUUACUAAGCGCAGAAGAUGAGAAGCGAGAGGAGGAGAGAGAGCUGCUUGCUGAAGAAAUGGCUUCAGAUGGUUUUACUUUUCUUAAAAAACAUCAUGCGGCUUUGAGUCAGCGUCUAAAAAGUGUGCAGAGCUUAAUGGAUCAUCUUCUAGAGGAGAAUGUCAUCUCACAGAAGGAAUAUGACAAUAUUCGCAACUGCACUUCAGUCAAGCAGCAAACAGGCCAGCUUAUUGAUUUAGUGCUUUCAAAAGGAAAUGCAGCAGCAGAGGUUUUCCGCAACUGGAUCAAGAAGAAUGACGUGUAUCUGCUGAGAGAACUGAUGGCCCAGACAAAUGAAGCUGCAUCACCGAGUCAAGAUCUUUCAGAUUUGCCUAUGGAGGAACAGUUGAGAAGACUUCAAGAGGAGCGCACAUGCAAAGUGUGCAUGGACAAGGAGGUCAACAUUGUCUUCAUCCCUUGUGGUCACCUAGUGGUAUGCAAAGAGUGUGCGCCUUCUCUGCGCAAGUGCCCCAUAUGUAGAGGAAUGGUCAAAGGCACUGUCCGUACUUUCCUUUCUUAAAAUAUUAAAGAAAUGAUGCCCAAA